AUGAAGAAGCCGGCCGGGCAGCAGCAGGAUGGGGCGGCAGGACCUCCCCCGUGCUGACGGGCCCCCGCCGAUGCUCCCGUGGCCGCUGGCCCUGCUGGCCCUGAGCGCCUGCUGCCGCUGGGGAGCGGCCGGCGGGGCGGGCAGCGCCGUGCCCCAGGGCCAUGCAGCCCCCGCCACCCCCUCCUCUUCCUCCUCAUCCUUCUCUCCCUCGGCCCGGGCGCCUCUCGACUGGCUCCUCACUGACCGGGGACCGUUCUACCGAGCUCAGGAGUACGUGGACUUCAUGGAGCGCUACCGGCAGGGUUUCACCACCAGGUACAGGAUCUACAGAGAGUUUGCCCGUUGGAAGGUGAAUAAUUUGGCUUUGGAGAGGAAAGAUUUCUUCAGCCUUCCAAUUCCCCUGGCCCCCGAAUUCAUCCGCAACAUCCGGCUGCUGGGGCGUCGGCCCAGCCCGCAGCAGAUCACCGACAGCCUCAUCAAGAAGUAUGGGACACACUUCCUGCUGGCUGCCACGCUGGGAGGAGAGGAGUCCCUGACCAUUUUUGUGGACAAGCGCAAGCUGAGCCGGAGGGCAGAGCCCGCGGCGGGGGCUGGGAACAGCUCGGGGGUCUCGCUGGAGACCCUGCACCAGCUGGCAGCCUCCUACUUCAUCGACAGGGAGAGCACCCUGCGCCGGCUGCACCACAUCCAGAUCGCCACGGCUGCCAUCAAGGUGACAGAAACACGGACAGGGCCACUCGGCUGCAGCAACUAUGACAACCUGGACUCAGUGAGCUCUGUCCUGGUGCAGAGCCCUGAGAACAAAGUGCAGCUCCAAGGGCUGCAGACGGUGCUCCCCUCCUACCUGCGGGAGAGGUUCGUGGCCGCCGCCCUUAGCUACAUCGCCUGCAGCUCUGCCGGGGAGCUGGUGUGCCGCCGGAGCGACUGCCGCUGCCAGUGCCAGCCCGCCUUCCCCCGUUGCAACUGCCCCGAGGCCGACAUCCAGGCGCUGGAGAGCAGCCUGGCCCAGCUUGGGAGAGCCUGGGAGAGCCACCACAGCCAGUUCGAGGAGUCAGAGGAGUUUCAGGCCCUGGUGAAAAGACUCCCCACAGACCGUUUCCUGAACAGGACAGCCAUCUCCCACUUCUGGACCAUGGAUCUCGAUGUCCAGCAUCGCUACCAACAGCUGGGCACCAGCCUGAAGCUGCUCUCCAGGAAAACCUACCGGCUCAUCCGGCGGCUCUUCAACCUCAGCAAGCGCUGCCACCACCAGCCUCGCUUCAAGCUGCCCAAGGAGAGGUCCCUCACUUACUGGUGGAGCCGCGCACAGUCGCUCCUGUACUGCAGCGAGACCCCCGUACCUGGGACCUUCCUGGAAGAAAGCCACAGCUGUACCUGUCCCUCGGAGCAGCUCUCCUGCCAGGGCUCCAUACCGUGUGCCUUGGGCGAGGGGCCAGCCUGUGCCAGCUGUGACCAGGACAACAGCACCCGCUGUGGGACCUGCCACCAUGGCUACGCGCUCACCCAGGGCUUCUGCCGCCCUGAGGUGGCCGACUCCCUGGAGCAUUAUCUGGGGCUGGAGACCGACCUGCAGGACUUGGAGCUCAAGUACCUCCUGCAGAAGCGGGACAGUCGCAUCGAGGUGCACUCCAUCUUCAUCAGCAAUGACAUGCGCCUGGGCAGCUGGUUCGACCCCUCCUGGAGGAAGCGCAUGCUCCUGACCCUGAAGAGCAACAAGUACAAGCCCGGGCUGGUUCACGUCAUGCUGGCCCUCUCUCUGCAGAUCUGCCUCACCAAGAACAGCACCCUGGAGCCCGUCAUGGCCAUCUAUGUUAACCCCUUUGGGGGAAGCCACUCAGAGAGCUGGUUCAUGCCUGUCAAUGAGGGCAGCUUCCCAGACUGGGAAAGGACUACCGUAGAUGCCUCUGCCCAGUGCCAAAACUGGACGAUCACCUUGGGCAACAAGUGGAAGACCUUCUUCGAAACGGUCCACGUUUACCUGCGGAGCCGCAUCAAGUCUCUGGAUGACAGCUCCAACGAGACAAUCUACUAUGAACCCUUGGAGAUGUCAGAUCCCUCCAAGAACCUGGGCUACAUGAAAAUCAACAGCUUGCAAGUCUUUGGCUACAGCCUGCCCUUUGAGCCGGACGCUAUCCGUGACCUGAUCCUCCAGCUGGACUACCCCUACACCCAGGGCUCCCAGGACUCAGCUAUGCUCCAGCUGCUGGAGAUCAGGGACCGGGUGAACAGGCUCUCACCCCCUGGCAAAAUCCGCCUCGACCUCUUCACGUGCUUGCUCCGGCACCGGCUCAAGCUGGCCAACAACGAGGUGGCGAGGAUCCAGUCCUCCCUGAGAGCCUUCAACGCCAAGCUGCCCAACGCCCUGGAGCAGGAGACGGGCAAGCUGUGCAGCUAACGGCCGGCAGCACUCACACCUUGGCGCCAGGGGGCUGGCAGGACAGACUUCCUGGGGAGGAGAGAGAAAGAACCACCCUAGAAAUUUAAAUCAAGGCCUUACCUUAGUGCCAACUGCGUGCUUCCAUGGUACACCCAGCAACUGGCCAAAGAGACACAGGGCUCGAGCGGAUGGAGGGUGCCAGUGGGACUAAGGAGGAGGGAUGGCUCGUGCAGGGCAGACUGGCUCCGAGUGCAGGGACAAUGCCACUGUGGCCACCAUGGAGGUGGCUGGGGAGGUGUGCCAGUGGCCCAGGGGGGGUGUGGCUUGGCCAGAGGCAGCUGCUGGUCCUGCCAGAGCAGGUGCUUAACCCACCGUAAGGAUCCCCCAGAGGCAGCCUCCUCGCCACCCCAACUUUUGUAGUCUUUUUAAGAGGUUUCUACUGGCACCUUUGCCUUUGCAUCCCCCGUGAUCCAUCCUGCAGCCGUAGCGUCGCACAUGGUGCUGGUGGGGGUCCACAGAACAGGCCCUGCAGACCCAGCAGGUGUCCCCCGGGGCCUCUCCAUGAGCACCUCAUGUCUGCUGCGGUGCCAAUGCGCCGUCUCACCCCUUGCCUGGGAAGGACCUGGCACCUGCCUGGGGACGCUGCCAUCACAGACACCCACGGAGACCUCUGGGCCAAGCUUCCCUACAAAACAAGAAAACCACCACCAACAAAAAAAACCUAAUGCAAAAGAAAGAAAAAGAAAAUGUUUUAUUUAUGUAUUUAUUUAUUUGGUUUGUUUGGGACAGGUUUUUUUAAGCCUAUUCAUUUUGGGAGUGUCAUUUCUUGUCAGUGGCUCCAGCCAAGAGACAUCUUAGUAAAAUGUAUCUGUUUAA